GUCAAAUCAAAAACACAACAACAACAGAAAAAUAAACACGGUUCUCCACUAGUCCUCUUCAAAAUCUUCGUUUCGCCCUUUGCCUUUGACCUUGUUUGACCUCAGAAGUUUCCGAAAUGAGUUGGAUAGUCUUCUGACCGUGACGAUGGCUGAUGGCAAGGAAAAGAAGAGCACGAGCAGCCCUUUGCUCUGCACCCCGAAAAAGGCAAUGGGCAGUUCAAGAAAUGUGAAGAGACCAGCGUCUGCAGAAGCUCGCAUUAAUCACCGCGGCGAUUCGGACGCUUUCACGGACUCUUCGGACGAUGAACUGACGAUCGACGAGUCUCCCGGACCUUCUUCCAAACCACGACGGCCGCGUCGAAUCAAAACCAAAGAGGCCACCAGGCAAUUUGUGUCUCAGGGUCUCGAGGAGUUUGAGGACGAGAUUGAGCAGCAGCUUGGAAGCAAGGCAAAAAAGAGUAAACUCACCAUUGGCAACGUCAAAAAUAUUCUCAAACACGUAAUUACCAAUCAACAUGUCUUGGCAAUGGUCAAGAAGUCGAUGAGAGAGGAAGGUGAUGGGGCAGGCAGUACUGAUGACGAAUUCCCAUAUGAACCGAAAUUGACUCGAGCCAAAACAAAGGAACUCUUGCUGACUCAAACGCCAAUUCCUUGGCCUGUGACGCCCGCAAAAGCUACUCCUGGCUCGGCCACAAAAAAAUUAAUUGACCAAGUUCACGACGACUCCAGUGACGAUGAGGAGUAUCAGCCGAAUGAGGACGAGGCUGAAAAUAGUGAAGAUGAAUGCAAUUCAUCCUUGGCGAGUGACAUUGAACCUGCCCUCACCCCACAACCAACAACUCCCAGGUCCAUUGCCGACUGCAGCACUCAAACAACGUGGACCGAAGACGGUCUCUUCAAAAUGCCCAACACAAAUUUCGAGUUGAUGGAGACUGUCGGCAUGAGAACUCGGUCCAAAGUGUCCCUCACUGACACUCCUUUGGAAACAAUCGAGCAGUCUUUCAUUCCGCCAGACAUUACGACGGACAUGUACGAAACUGAGUGCGACAACGAGGACUGGAAACAGUUCUUGAACGAAUUUACAAAACCUCUGAAUGCUGUUCAUGACAUACUUGACGAUGAUGAGGCUGAUCCAGAGUACAACAUUCUGGAUGACGAGGAAGCAGAGGAUAAGGAGGAAUUGCGAGCAGAUCGAGCUGUGAAAGUUACAAAAAAGGAAUUGAACGAACUGAUAUCGGAACUGAUGGAGUCCAUGGAACCCAGCGACGACGAAACUGAGGCUGACACAACUCUCCCGUUCAAUUCGAAUACCACAGCCGAGUCUUCUGAAGUUUUGAACACAAAUGUGCACACGGUUGUCCAAACUAGCCCACAAGUUCUUCAACUGAUUCAAAACUCGCCUCAGCUAGUACAAUUCCUUGUUCCCGGAACACCCCCUUCGUUGAAAACCUCGGCCAAUCCACCUACUGCUGCACAAGAACAAGAAAAUCUCCCUCCUGCAAAUGAGAAUGCGCUGCCUUGUAUUGAGGAGCACGGUUUGGUUGAGGAUGUUUCGGAAGAGUUGCCCAUCUUCACGUUAGGCCAAAGACUUUUGCUAGGUCAGCAAAUGAUGCAGCAUGUCCAGUUGCUGGCCCAGAACUACAUGCAGUGCACGAUCAACCCUAAAAUGGCUUUGCAGGCACAGGAGAUGAAAGAGAAUCUCAUGUCACUCAAAUACCUUGGAGGAACAAAUCCAGCUUCUGGAUUUUACGCUCAAAAUCUGGAUCUGAUUUUAAAGACUGUUACUGACUGGGACAAGUUAUGGGAAUCAAGUACAAUCAAACAAAAUUUUAAAGAGUUUUUCUUGAAUGAGGAGGAGAGGUGUGAAAUGUUGAAAAAGAAGAAACUUGUUUAUGUUCCUCAUUUGAAUGUGAACUUCCUCAAGAUAAUUAGUAAUAGCAAUGCAUUUGUUUAUCCGACACUUCUCCCACAUUGCGGAUUCCACCCACAACCAAUACAGAGGCAUCAAACUUUUCUAUUGUCUGAAGACUGCCUCAUCGCCAUGGGCUUGGCCCAGUUCACUGCAUACCUGGAAGAGUUGGAUGAUGAGAAAAAGAUGCCAUCGAUGGCAAAUGUAUCCAACCUUAUUGCCGAACUUAUGAUGCCAGUAAAAUCGGCCCCAGCUAUCAAGCAAAGAAUGAAAUUCGCCAAGCAGUUCUAUCCUGAGAACCCCAUUACGCUGUAUUUUGCUAUGAAAGAGGCACCAGCGUUGAUUCAUCGAGUGUUCACUCCCAAGUUCAUCCCACUUGCACAGCAACCACCAAGCCUGUUGCCCAUCACCUGGAAAGCAUUUAUCCACAAUGAUUUUGCGUAACUGAAAAUUGUGAUUAUUGAGGUUAAGUCUGAAAAAAAAAAUAUAAAUCUUUCUUUGUUUCGUACUAAAAUUUAUAAAUUAUUUUGC